UGGAUGCAGGGAUUUUCUGGAUGAGUUGAGUGCAAGCAGGCAGACCAAAAACCACCAUGGAUUUGCCAAUUAAUUGUUUUUAAUUGGACAAAUAAUCACUUUUUGGUGCGAUUGCGUUGCCUUUUUUUGAGUACAGUCGCCCGCGCGUCUGCCUGUGAGCGAGCAAGCUAGCUGUCACUCAGCCAGGAGCCACAUCAGCUGCAGUUAGCAUUAGCAGUUAGCAUUCAGACUCCGCAUCAUGGCAGAGGGCAUCAUGAGCAAGGCAGCCACCAUGGAGAUCCCCAUCAACAGCAAUGGAGACACCGGCACUCAAGCAGAGGAUGACAGCCUGGAGCAGGAUUUACAGCAGGUGAUGGUGUCUGGGCCCAACCUCAAUGAAACCAACAUCGUCUCAGGAGGAUACGGGGGACCAGCAGGGGGCAUCAUUCCCACCAGCAGCAUUAAAGGGCCUGCAAUUCGUUUCAACCCUGAGUAUUUGGACAGAAGACGUGGCCCUGCGCCUGCACCAGACAUUCGCACCAAAUCACGGGCCGCCAACUUGCAAAGCAGCUCAGGCGGCGCAAACAACAACGCCUGCGGUGCAAGUGAGGAAGUGUCCCGGGGUGUGGCCGUGGAGAAACUGGACAGUGUGAAGAAAUGGGGCAUCAACACGUAUAAGUGCACCAAGCAGAUGUUCUCGGAGCGUUUUGGCCGCGGCUCGCGGACCGUGGACCUGGAACUGGAGGCCCAGAUCGAGGUGCUCCGAGACACCAAGAGCAAGUACGAGAACAUCCUGCACCUGGCCACCGCGCUCACCGAGCACUUCCACAGCUUGGUGCAGACCCAGCAGGCUCUGGGGGACGCCUUCACAGACCUCAGCCAGAAGUCUCCCGAGCUGCAGGACGAGUUCGGCUACAACGCUGAGACGCAGAAGCUUUUGUGCAGGAACGGCGAGUCCCUGCUGGGCGCCAUCAGCUUCUUUGUGUCCAGUGUGAACACGCUGGUCAACAAAACCAUGGAGGACACGCUGAUGACCAUCAAGCACUAUGAAAAUGCAAGACUGGAGUUUGACGCCUACCGGUCCGAUCUGGAAGAGUUGAGUCUGGGUCCGAGGGACAGCGCGGCGGUGGUGCGCAUGGAGAUGGCCCAGCACGAGUACCAGGUCCACAGGGACAAAUACGAGCGGCUGCGGAGCGACGUCACCAUCAAGCUCAAAUUCUUGGAUGAAAACAAGGUGAAGGUGAUGCACAAGCAGCUGCUGCUCUUCCACAACGCCAUCUCAGCCUACUUCGCUGGCAACCAGCAGCAGCUGGAACAAACUCUGGUCCAGUUCAACGUCAAGUUGAAGCCUCCGGGCUCAGACAAGCCGUCCUGGCUGGAGGAGCAGUGAGGAGGACGUGGUGGGAUGGCAGAGGACAGCCUUUUAGUGGAUGAUGUUACCGCUGCAAGUAUUUCUUUCUUACCUUUUAGCCUGUUUAUGUACGCACCUGCAGUGUGGCACAGUGGAACCUCCAUUUACAAAACCCUCUAUUGGCCAUUUACAAACUUUCCGCCAAACAUGUCUCGGUGUACAAACGCUUCAUUCAUUCUUUCACCAAGUUUGAUCUAUUUUGUUACUCAAUAUGGGCCCAAAAAGGCCAAGAAACCAGCCUGGAAAGAAGGGCGGAAUUGCUGUGGACUUAGACUUAUGGAAGAGAGGGAACCUUCUCCGCCUCGUGGCGGCACCUUGUCUCCUUUCGUGGGUUCAAUGCCACAUUCUCUGACAGCAAGGUAAAGAGGGUUUUGCUUUUAUUGUUAUUAUUGUAGCAACAUGGUUGUUAACGUUUUUGAGAGCACCAAAGGGACUUUCGUGUGUGUGUGUGCGCACAUUGACAGUUUAGCUUGCCGUUGUUGUUGUGUUGUUUUGACAAUGUUGAUACAUUACCUCUUAUGUUUAUAUAUAUAUAUAUAUAUAUAUAUAAUAUAUAUAUAUAUAUAUUAGAGAUGUCCGAUAAUAUCGGUCUGCCGAUAUUAUCGGCGGAUAAAUGCGUUAAAAUGUAAUAUCGGAAAUUAUCGGUAUCGGUUUUUUUUAUUAUCAGUAUCGUUUUUUUGUUGUUGUUUUUUUUAUUAAAUCCACAUAAAAAACACAAGAUACACUUACAAUUAGUGCACCAACCCAAAAAACCUCCCUCCCCCAUUUACACUCAUUCACACAAAAGGGUUGUUUCUUUCUGUUAUUAAUAUUCUGCUUCCUACAUUAUAUAUCAAUAUAUAUCAAUACAGUCUGCAAGGGUUACAGUCCGUAAUCGCACAUGAUUGUGCGUGCUGCUGGUCCACUAAUAAUACUAACCUUUAACAGUUAAUUUUUACAAAUUUUCAUUAAUUACUAGUUUCUAUGUAACUGUUUUUAUAUUGUUUUACUUUCUUUUUUAUUCAAGAAAAUGUUUUUAAUUUAUUUAUCUUAUUUUAUUUGAUUCAUUUUUUUAAAAAGGACCUUAUCUUCACCAUACCUGGUUGUCCAAAUUAGGCAUAAUAAAGUGUUAAUUCCACGACUGUAUAUAUCGGUUGAUAUCGGUAUCGGUAAUUAAAGAGUUGGACAAUAUCGGCAUAUCGGAUAUCGACAAAAAGCCAUUAUCGGACAUCCCUAAUAUAUAUAUAUAUAUAUAUAUAUAUAUAUAUAUAUAUAAAGCGAUUUUUGAAUGAAUCUCAAUUCUCAUUUGUAACAAUUCUUAAUUAAAGACCUACUGAAAUGAAAUGUUCUUAUUUAAACGGGGAUAGCAGGUCCAUUCUAUGUGUCAUACUUGAUCAUUUCACGAUAUUGCCAUAUUUUUGCAGAAAGGAUUUAGUAGAGAACAUCGACGAUAAAGUUCGCAACUUUUGGUCGCUAAUAAAAAAAAAAGCCUUACCUGUACCGGAAGUAGCGUGACGUCACAGGUUGAAAGGCUCCUCACAUUUCCCCAUUGUUUACACCGGCAGCGAGAGCGAUUCGGACCGAGAAAGCGACGAUUACCCCAUUAAUUUGAGCCAGGAUGAAAGAUUCGUGGAUGAGGAACGUGAGAGUGAAGGACCAGAGUGCAGUGCAGGACGUAUCUUUUUUCGCUCUGACCGUAACUUAGGUACAAGCUGGCUCAUUGGAUUCCACACUUUCUCCUUUUUCUAUUGUGGAUCACGGAUUUGUAUUUUAAACCACCUCUGAUACUAUAUCCUCUUGAAAAUGAGUCGAGAACGCGAAAUGGACAUUUAAAGUGACUUUUAUCUCCACGACAAUACAUCGGCGAAGCACUUUAGCUACGGAGCUAACGUGAUAGCAUCGUGCUUAAAUGCAGAUAGAAACAAAAUAAAUAAAUCCCUGACUGGAAGGAUAGACAGAAGAUCAACAAUACUAUUAAACCAUGGACAUGUAAAUACACGUUAAUGCUUUCCAGCCUGGCGAAGCUUAACAAUGCUGUUGCUAACGACGCCAUUGAAGCUAACUUAGCUACGGGACCUCACAGAACUAUGCUAAAAACAUUAGCUAUCCACCUACGCCAGCCAGCCCUCAUCUGCUCAUCAACACCCGUGCUCACCUGCGUUCCAGCGAUCGACGGCACGACGAAGGACUUCACCCGAUCAUCAAUGCGGUCGGCGGCUAGCGUCGGAUAGCGCGUCUAUCAAACUCAAAGUCCUCCUGGUUGUGUUGCAGCAGCCAGCUGCUAAUACACCGAUCCCACCUACAGCUUUCUUCUUUGCAGUCUUCAUUGUUCAUUAAACAAAUUGCAAAA